AGCUCCAUGCGGACGCGCACAGGCGCACUUUACAUGCCGCAGAUUCCCAUCAGCUGGCUUAUUCCAUGACUUCCAAACUCUUUCUGAAGUGGAAUAUAAAACCCUGCUGAUCAAUGGAUUAAAUAAUGCAACAGUAGGAUAUUUUCCUUUAUUGAAAUUGUACCGUUUUUAAUUGGAUUUUGAUGAGGACUCUGUCCCCACCGUCUCUCGGAUGAUGGCGCAGGCACUCUCUGUCAUUCCAUUCCUCGUCUUCAUUUUGGAAACAACUUGUGUUGCUGCCAUAGAACUGCGGUUCAUGCCUGAUCCACCAACACUUAACAUCUAUGGCACCUAUAGGAUGAAUAAAUCUGACAACCUUGAACUAACAUGCAGAGGUCGACAGGUUCUGAAGUGGUCAAAGCCUCCUACAAGCACUCAUUUCUCCAUGAGCGACUGCAGCGGGUCAGGACUGUUCUGCACGAGACUUAAAAUCAUCAAUGCAACUGUCAAUGAAACUGGACAGUAUCGGUGCCAUUAUGAAGACAUGAAAGUUGAAGAUGGCAAGACUGCAGCAACACUUUAUGUGUUUGUCCACGAUUACAAGGUGCCAUUUGUGCCAUCUGAGAAGGAAUACGAGGUGGUGUUAAUCCGCGAAGGUGAGCGCGUGGUGAUACCAUGCCGAGGCUCAGUGGAGGAUCUCAAUGUUACUCUCAACACUAAAUAUCCAAUCAAAGAGCUACAUCCUGAUGGGAAGGAUUCUGUGUGGGACGCCAAGACAGGCUUUACUGUUCCCUCUCAUCUGAUCAGCUAUGCUGGUGUCGUGUCUUGCCACACUUGGAUCGGAAACGAGACCUUUAAGUCUCCUCUCUACAUCGUGGCCGUUGUUGGAUACAAGAUUUAUGACCUCACCCUGACCCCCACGCAACAGAGACUGUCUGUGGGGGAGCGGCUGGAGCUCAGCUGCACUGCACACACCGAGCUCAAUGUGGGCAUCGAAUUCAACUGGACACACUCUGGUGGGAUGCUGAAUUUAGACAGUGGUUCCAAGUCAUACUACACAGUGUCCCACAAGAACAAGCUGUGGAAGUCUCUGGAGCUGUUCAGCACACUCAUCGUGGGGAAUGUGACAGUGGAUCACACCGGAGAGUUCACCUGCACUGCUUCCAGCGGGCAGAUGGAGAAAAGUGCCACAGCAUCUCUUAAAGUUUAUGAAAAGCCUUUUCUUGACAUGAAAGAGCCUUGGCCAAAGAUUUUGGAGGCAAACGUAGCAGAUCAAAUACCUACAGUGAUUCCUGUCAAGUACUCAGCCUACCCUGAGCCCAACAUUAAAUGGUUAAAAAAUGGCCAAGAGCUGAAGGAGGACUACAGAAUAAAACAGAGGAGUAAUACUCUCACCAUCUAUGGAGUCACAAAAAAUGACUCAGGGAACUACACAGUGAUUCUGAGCAAUAAAAUCACUAAAGAGGAACAGAGGCGCUCUUUCCAGCUGCUGGUUAAUGUGCCUUCUCAUAUAUUCGAGAAGGAGUUACCUGUGAACACUGUGUACCCGUAUGGCGAUAGCCACACCUUGAGCUGCACCGCUGGUGGAUUUCCCAUUCCUGCGCACAUCCAGUGGCAAUGGAUGUCUAAAGAGGACUGCCCAGAAGCUUUUCUGUCAGUACCGAUUAAGUCUGACAUGCAUUUGGAGAAGUGCAAGAGUUGGAGGGAUAUCAGCAACAGCACUGGUCCCAACCAUGUAGAGAGAAUCUCCUUCGACAUCGAUCAUGACAAAGGGAAAAUCACCAGUACUUUGAAAAUUCAGAAGGCUGAAGUCCAUGCACUGUACAGAUGCAGGACUGCCAACAAAGCAGGAGAAGAUUCUCUAAUAAUCUUUUUCCGUGUGACACGCAGCCUUGAGGUGAGUAUGUCUCCACCAGAUGAGCCUCUGGAGGAGGAUGAUGUGGUUCUGAGGUGUAAGGCUGAUAAGCUCUUCUACAAAAACCUGGCCUGGUUCCUCGUCACCAACGUGUCAGAGUCAGAGCAGUUUGUGCAGGCGCAGCCUUGUCAGUCCCUCGCUUUGCAGCCAGUGCCCCUGUCACAGACCUCGCUGUUCACACUGCAUGGCACCAAUGUUACUCUGGAGCUGACGUUGCCCAAUGCAUCCCGCUGGGAUGAAGGCUUAUAUGCCUGCCAGGUGCAGAACAUCAAGACAAGCGAGAAAACCUGCCUACUGCGCCGCCUCUCCCUGAGAACUCUCGAGGCUACAAGGAUCCGCAAUAAUUUCACUGAGCAAAAAGUCAACGUGAGCGCGACCAUCACUCUCCAUUGUGAGGCUGCUGGGACCCCAAAACCGAUAGUAGUGUGGACCAAAAACAACCACACAGUGGUGGAGGGCUCAGGUGUGAUUCUGAACCAGCACAACCUGACAAUUCAGCGUGUGAAGAAGGAGGACAGCGGUCUGUACACCUGUACUGCAUGUAACAGCCGCGGCUGUGACACUUCGCAGGCCUAUUUGGCUGUUGAAGGUGCAGAGGAGAAGACUAACGUGGAGCUGAUAGUUCCUAUUGGGUCGGUGGUUAUUGCCAUGUUUUUCUGGCUGCUGAUCGUCUUUGUUAUCCGUGGAAGAAAGAGACCAAAUGGAGGUGAUCUGAAGACGGGCUAUCUGUCCAUGAUUCUUGAUUCAGAGGACAUGCCCAUGGACGAGCAAUGCGAAAGGCUCACAUAUGAUGCCAACAAGUGGGAGUUCCCUCGGGACAGGCUGAAACUCGGUGAACCACUGGGACGGGGUGCGUUUGGUCAGGUGGUGGAGGCAGCUGCCUUUGGAAUUGAGAAAGCCACCACAUGCACCACUGUUGCAGUCAAGAUGCUCAAGGAGGGAGCCACGACUAGUGAGUAUCGUGCUUUGAUGUCCGAGCUGAAAAUUCUCAUUCACAUUGGGCAUCACCUCAAUGUUGUCAACCUGCUGGGAGCCUGCACAAAACCAGGGGGGCCGCUGAUGGUGAUUGUUGAGUACUGUAAACAUGGAAACCUUUCUAGCUACCUGAAGAGCAAACGUGGAGAGUACAGCCCCUACAAGAGAAAGCGGGUGGGUAGCCAGAGGUGGACAUCUGCAGAGGAAGAUGUGACCGAAGGGGAUCUGGGUUUAGGGAAGAUAGCCCAGCUGGACAUCUGCACUGGAACAGCUGAAGACAAGACUUCGGGCAGCCACAUGGAAACACAAGAAGAAAGUUCAGUUGAUGAUCAUCUAACUAUGGAAGACCUGAUAAGCUACAGCUUUCAAGUUGCCAAAGGAAUGGACUUUUUGUCUUCUCGCAAGUGCAUCCACAGAGAUCUAGCAGCCAGGAACAUCCUGCUCUCAGAGAACAAUGUGGUGAAGAUUUGUGACUUUGGCCUUGCUAGAGAUGUCUACAAAGACCCAGACUACGUCCGCAAGGGAGAUGCACGUCUUCCGCUAAAGUGGAUGGCUCCUGAGACUAUAUUUGACCGGGUUUAUACCACACAAAGUGAUGUUUGGUCCUUUGGGGUCCUUCUCUGGGAGAUCUUUUCCUUGGGUGCUUCUCCUUAUCCAGGUGUAUGCAUUGAUGAGUCCUUCUGCAGGAGGCUUAAGGAAGGCACGAGGAUGAGGCCUCCAGAAUAUGCCACCACUGAGAUAUACCAGACCAUGCUGGACUGCUGGCUGGAUCAUCCUACAGAUAGGCCUACAUUUGCAGAACUGGUCGAACAUCUGGGAAGUCUGCUGCAGGCCAGCGCCCAACAGGAUGGGAAGGACUACAUCCCCCUGACUGCAGAUGAAGCAGAGGGAUGCCCAGUACCCAUUGAGCCCAGAGUCUCCUACAGCAGGCCUCAAAGUGGUGAAAUCCUGGAAAAUCACUAUGACAGCCCACAGUCGCUUGGACUGUCCCAGCAGAGUGAAAGGUGCAGUCGGCCCCUCAGUGUGAAGACGUUUGAAGACAUCCCUGUGGCACACAGCAGUGUAAUGGAGGGGCGUAUAGAGAGUGGGAUGGGCUUCUGUCCAGAUGAGGUGAAGCGUUUAAAUCAGCAGCUACCAACCACACCUAACUUCAGCCAACUGCUGCGCUGCAAGAGCAAAGAGUCCCUUGCCUCGGAGUCAUCCAAUCAGACAAGUGGAUAUCAGUCAGGGUACCACUCUGACGACACAGACACCCCGAUCUAUGCUAACGAGGAGAUGAUCAUGAAGCACACUGUGCUGAAGAAGCCUCCGCUGCCGAAGACGCCUGACAAAUUCAGCAGUGAAAUCCGCUACAGCGCGCCGCCUGUCUGACCCCUCCUAUUCCCCUGAGCCUGAGCUUCUUACUGUACAGUAUUUGUUUACUUUCCACAGGUAUCAUACUCUAGGACCAAUGAAAACACACACACAUCAGGAGAAACUGUGGGCCGAGACAUUUUCACAAGAGAGAAUGUAAUAUGUAAGCAGGGAAAAAUGAAGGUUGUAUGAUAAGUGUGUGUUGCAGCUCUAUUUGGACAGCUGGAAGAAUAGUAUCAUGUUUACACAGAGAGUAAAAUGUCUGAGGAACCCAAACGGGAGGACAUGCCCACUUCCUGAGACGCAAUCUACCCACUUCCUCUACUGCAAGAAACAGCAUCUGGAAUUUUUUAGAUAAUUGAAUCAGCCAAUGUUUCUUUAUUUUUAUUAUGCAUUUUUGUCAAUGUUUUUAAUCCAUUUGUACAGUUCAUUUAUUCACAUUACUUAGAUUAUUUUAUCGACGAUGUAUUACUUAACUUCCAGUUAAUGUCACUAGUUUUAUAAAAAUUAAAAUACUCAGAUUAA